CUUGAAGAACGAAUUCUUGCCAUCCCUAUCGAACGGUAUCGAAACUUUUGUAUCGUAGCUCACAUCGAUCAUGGCAAGAGUACACUGAGCGACCGUCUGCUGGAAAUCACCGGCACUAUAUCCGCUAGCGAUGCGAACAAACAGAUUCUUGACAAGCUAGACGUCGAACGCGAGCGAGGUAUCACAGUGAAGGCACAGACCUGCACCAUGAUAUACAAUUACAAUGGAGAGGAUUACCUGUUGCAUCUUGUCGAUACCCCUGGUCAUGUCGAUUUCCGAGCCGAAGUAACGCGGUCGUAUGCGAGUUGCGGUGGUGCAUUGCUGCUGGUCGAUGCCAGUCAGGGUAUACAGGCCCAAACCGUCUCCAACUUCCACCUCGCGUUUGCUCAGGACCUUGCUCUUAUUCCUGUUGUCAACAAGAUAGACAUGCCUUCUGCCGAUGUGCCCCGAGUUCUGGAGCAGAUGCACACAUCGUUCGAGCUGGAACCCUCUGCAGCCGUUCUCGUAUCAGCCAAGACUGGCAAGAAUGUGGCCAAUAUUCUGCCCGCAGUUGUGGAGAAGGUGCCUCAUCCCGUCGGUGACAUUUCUAAGCCCUUGCGGGUACUGCUGGUGGACUCAUGGUACGAUAACUUCCGGGGUGUCAUUCUUCUUGUUCGUGUGUUCGAUGGACAGGUCAAGGCCGGUGAUAACCUCACCUCGUUCGCAACUGGCCAUAAAUACACCGUUGGUGAGGUUGGCAUACAAUACCCAAAUCCUGUUCCACAAAGUGUUCUCCGAGCUGGACAGGUUGGCUACAUCUACUUUAACCCCGGUAUGAAGCGCAUUCAAGAUGCGAAACUUGGCGACACAUUCACAACCGUUGGGUCGGAGGACAUGGUCAAGCGGUAUCCGGGCUUCGAGGAACCCAAGCCGAUGGUUUUUGUCGCAGCAUUUCCUACCGAUCAGGGUGACUAUACACGCCUCGCAGACAGUAUCAGUCAGCUGGUUCUUAACGAUAGAAGUAUCACCUUGCGUAAGGAUUAUUCCGAGGCACUGGGAGCGGGUUGGCGGCUGGGUUUCCUCGGCAGUUUGCACUGUUCUGUCUUCCAAGAUCGACUGAAGCAAGAACACGGCGCCAGCAUCAUCAUCACCGACCCGACUGUGCCAACAAAAGUCGAAUGGGCCGACGGGUCAGAGACAGUAUACCAAAACCCGGCUGAAUUUCCUAGUCAGGAUGAACACCGGAUGCGUGGUGCGACCGUCUACGAGCCCUUUGUAACAGCCACAAUGACUCUUCCGGAGGAGUAUUUAGGCCGAGUUAUAGAGCUCUGCGAAAGUGUACGCGGGGAACAGAAGAGUUUGGAGUUCUUCCACGCCACACAGGUCAUCUUAAAGUAUGACAUACCUGCGGCUCAACUGGUUGACGAUCUGUUUGGUAAAUUAAAGGGCGCCACCAAGGGAUAUGCAACAUUAGAUUACGAGGAUUCUGGUUGGCGAGCCAGUCAGCUCACAAAGCUGCAACUUCUCGUCAACAAACAGCCCGUUGAUGCAAUCUGCCGUGUCAUACACAUUUCUCAGGCCGAGCGCCUUGGUAGGCAAUGGGUAACCAAGUUCAAAGAACACGUCGAUCGGCAAAUGUUUGAGGUCGUCAUUCAGGCGGUAGCUGGAAAACGCGUCGUUGCCCGCGAAACCAUUAAACCCUUCCGAAAAGAUGUGCUCGCAAAGCUUCAUGCUGCUGAUAUUACGCGCCGAAAGAAGCUGCUGGAAAAGCAGAAGGCUGGCCGUAAACGUCUGCGUGCCGUUGGGAAUGUUGUCAUCGACCAGUCCGCCUUUCAGAGCUUUCUUUCCAGGUAA